UCGUCCACACACUCCAUCCGGCGGGCUCUCAGGCUGCAGUAGCAGGGGUGAAAGCCUUUGAAGUGGCCCUGGCUCCAGGAACGCUGCCCCACAAAGGCAUUCGGCAUGGAAAUUUGAUUAGCCCUCACUUGCAGAGCCUGCUUUUGGGUGAAAUUGAAGGAUCGCAUAUAAAUAUCAGAGGCGUCAGCGGGCAGAGGAACACUCAGCAUUUGGCAGCCGCGGAGCAGAAACCAUGAAAGUACUCCAACAGUGUCUCCUCAGCCUGUUUGCCCUGCACAUGACCUUGACAGGGGCAUUGAGCAAACACAUCGAUCGACCAAACUUGUUUACACAGAGAGCGUGCUGCAAACGACAGAGCCAUUUCGUCUACGUUGGCCAAGACAUAUCGGGGAGUCCUGUCAGUGUGGAUGUGGGUCUGUGCAGGUCACACUGUGGGGGCACUGCCAGGGCCUCGCAUGAAACUGGGCAGCAGGAAUACUCACAUCAUGCAUCCAUGCUGGAAUUCCUCAGGAGCAAGAAACAGAAAACGCGCAGACCAAGCGCUCCGGAGAGCCCCGAGCCCCGGAGCCAGCUCGCGUCCUGCGGGGUGAACCGGGUGUGCGAGCCCACCGGGAUGCGCGUGGAACGAGUGCUGCUCUUCGAGGGCCCGCGGGAGGUGGAAGUGAUCGAGGAGUGUCACUGCGAGCUCCAGAUGACCCAGUGCAUCCGCGUCCCCGCGCUCCGAACCUACUACUCCGAGACUCCCUACGAGUCAGUGGUGGACGUGGGCGCGUGCUCCCGGUCCAAAGGCUCCCCAGAGGGCUACUCUUGUGUCCCCACCAAGUUUGACUCAGCGCUGGUGGAGACCCCCAACAAGGUCGAUGUGAUCCAGACCGUGGUGGCCUGCGAGCUGAAGGAAAGCUGCUACCGGAUCCCGUACGUGGAGUAUUACUACGAAACAGUCCACCAUGCAGAUGGUGUCAAAGAGGAGAGGCUGAGGGAAAUAGACGUGGGCAGAUGUUUGGGAGGCUGCACGACAGGAAACCGAUGCCUUCUCAGGAGUCCCUCUGACCCGGAACGCUGCCACUUGUGGGCUGAGAAACAGUCCAACUCGUGUGUACCUGAAGGCUACGAGAGCCACAGCUUCAUCAACCAGCACGGCCAGAUGCGGACAGUCCUCGCCAUCACCUCCUGCCUCUGCCAAAUCUGAUCCCAGCGCUCCCUGCUGGAGAACUGUCGCACUACGACCUGGUGACACGAAAACAGACGUCAAUGGUUCUGUUCAAAUCUGCUUUAAUAAUUGUAUUAUAUGUAAUAUAUGUAAAAAUGAUAAUAUUGUAAAUAAAUUUCAUAUCUAAAGAAGCUGGUUCAGAUCCUCGAGUCAUUUGAUACUUUGCAAAGAGACCCCAAAUAGGGUGCCAUUGGAUUUAGAUGAACCAGCAGUACGUACCACUUGAGAGUCUUGUCUAACUGCUUUCUGUGACACCACUGAAGUUACAUCCAUCUUAGUGAGGACCGUCAGUGACAUAAUGCUUUCCCCAGCCUCUCACACUGAACAUAACCAUCCAAAAUAAA